UACACCCUCAGCCCUUCACAGCCAAGAUCUGUCAUCUCAUCCUUAUAUACAGGUCCUGUCUUCUCAGUCAUCACAGAAAGGUCACAGAAGGGGUGUUGGACAUCAACAAACUCAUACAGGAAAGAAACCAUAUUCAUGCUUAGAAUGUGGGAAAUGUUUUACUUCUAAAUCAAGUUUUGUUGUACAUAUAAAAACUCAAACAGAGGAGAAGCCAUUUUGCUGUACAGAGUGUGGGAAAUGUUUUAUUGUGAAAUCACAACUUGUUCAACAUCAAAGAACUCACACAGGAGAGAAGCCAUUUUCAUGUUCAGAAUGUGGGAAAUGUUUUUCUCAGAAAUCAAAUCUUGUUAAACAUAAAAUAACUCAUACAGGGGAGAAGCCGUUUUCAUGUUCAGAAUGUGGGAAAUGGUUUGCUCAGAAAUCAGAUCUUGUUGGACAUCAAAGAACUCACACUGGGGAGAAGCCAUUUUUAUGUUCAGAAUGUGGGAAAUGUUUUACUCACAAAUCACAUCUUGUUCAACAUCAAAGAACUCACACUGGGGAGAAGCCAUUUUCAUGCUCAGAAUGUGGGAAAUGUUUUACUCAGAAAUCAAGUUUUGUUGUACAUAAAGAAACUCACACAGAGGAGAAGCAAUUUUGCUGUGCAGAGUGUGGGAAAUGUUUUAUUGUGAAAUCACAACUUCUUCAACAUCAAAGAACUCACACAGGGGAGAAGCCAUUUUCAUGUUCAGAAUGUGGGAAAUGUUUUACUCAGAAAUUACAUCUUGUUAAACAUAAAAGAACUCACACAGGAGAGAAGCCAUUUUCAUGUUCAGAAUGUGGGAAAUGUUUUACUCAGAAAUCACAUCUUGUUAGACAUAAAAGAACUCACACAGGGAUGAAGCUGUUUUCAUGUUCAGAAUGUGGGAAAUCGUUUGCUCAGAAAUCAAGUCUUGUUGGACAUCAAAGAACUCACACAGGGGAGAAGCCAUUUUCAUGUUCAGAAUGUGCGAAAUGUUUUACACACAAAUCACAUCUUGUUCAACAUCAAAGAACUCACACUGGGGAGAAGCCAUUUUCAUGCUCAGAGUGUGGAAAAUGUUUUACUGAGAAAUCAUGUCUUAUUAAACAUAAACGAACUCACACAGGGGAGAAACCAUAUUCAUGUUCAGAAUGUGGGAAAUAUUUUACUCAGAAAUCAAGUUUUGUUGUACAUAGGAAAACUCACACGGAGGAGAAGCCAUUUUGCUGUGCAGAGUGCGGGAAAUGUUUUAUUGUGAAAUCACAACUUGUUCAACAUCAAAGAACUCACACAGGAGAGAAGCCAUUUUCAUGUGCAGAAUGUGGGAGAUGUUUUACUCAGAAAUCACAUCUUGUUCAACAUCAAAUAACUCACACAGGAGAGAAGCCAUUUUCAUGUGCAGAAUGUGGGAGAUGUUUUACUCAGAAAUCACAUCUUGUUCAACAUCAGAGAUAUCACACAGGAGAGAAGCCAUUUUCAUGUUCAGAAUGUGAAAAAUGUUUUACUAAGAAAUCAGAUCUUGUAGUACAUCACAGAACUCACACAGGGGAGAAGCCAUUUUCAUGUCCAGAAUGUGGGAAAUGUUUUGCUAAGAAAUCAGAUCUUGUUAGGCAUCAAAGAACUCACAAAGGCAAGAAGCCAUUUUCAUGUUCAGAAUGUGAAAAAUGUUUUACUAAGAAAUCAGAUCUUGUAGUACAUCACAGAACUCACACAGGGGAGAAGCCAUUUUUAUGUACAGAAUGUGGAAAAGGUUUUACUAAGAAAUCAGAUCUUGUAGUACAUCACAGAACUCACACAAAAAAGAAGCCAUUUUCAUGUUCAGAAUGUGGAAAAUGUUUUAAUAAGAAAUCACAUCUUGUUGAACAUCACAGAACUCACACAGGGGAGAAGCCAUUUUUAUGUUCAGAAUGUGGGAAAUGUUUUACUCAGAAAUCAAUUCUUGUUGUACAUAAAAGAACUCACACAGGAGAGAAGCCAUUUUCAUGUUCAGAAUGUGGGAAAUGUUUUACUUUUCAAUCAAGUCUUGUUAGACAUCAAAGAACUCAUACAGGAGAGAAGCCAUUUUCAUGUUCAGAAUGUGGAAAAUGUUUUGUUCAGAAAUCAAAUCUUGUUCAACAUCAAGGAACUCACACAGGGAAGAAGCCAUUUCCAUGUUCAAAAUGUGGGAAAUGUUUUACUCAGAAACCGCAUCUUGUUGUACAUCAAAGAACUCACACAGGAGAGAAGCCAUUUUCAUGUUCAAAAUGUGGGAAAUGUUUUACUAAGAAAUCAAGUCUUCAUCAGCAUCAAAGAAAAGAACUCACACAGGGGAGAAGUCAAUUCAGAGGAAUAAUUGAUGCAGAUAACGCAUCUAUAUAUUAACCAUGUACAUAGUGAUAGU